GCCAUUUUUCUGGGCAUGAUACCCCGUACCCAUUUGUCCCUGAUUUAUCCCCCGCGGUUCCUACAGUUUGUUCGCUACUUCCCGUCUUCCCGCUGUCAUCGUCUAAAUUCCCACACAUUCAAGGCUCCGCCGGUUUUAGCCUGCAAGUACGUGGCGGCAAACUUCCCUUCCUUCCCCUUCUCUCCUGAGAUUCCUAGAUUGCUCAUUCUCUUCUCUCUUUCCGCCAUGGAUCCAAACCCUAAGCGCUUCCCCAUCCUCUCUUAUGUCAUGUCACAUCUACCCUCCACCGUCGGCCAAUUCCCCGAACACGACAUAGAGGCCCCCAAUCCGUCGUCGUCGUCGUCCUCCCCAACUUCACUGCAUCCCUUCGAGAUGGAGUUGGUUGAGCGGAUGCCCCAUCUCCGGCAUCCCGAUCUGCUUGCUUCCAUGGUCCGCGCUGUCUCCGACGUCGCCCAGACCCGUUCCAUUCUCCAAGCCCUCGGGGAACGUCCCGAUCACGAAACCCUCGACGGUGCGCGCUCGCAUAUCGCCGAUAUUGACGCUGCACUCACCCGCCAGCUGGAAGGUAUCGUGCCUGCCGGCUCUGAUCUCGUAGAGAGGGAGAAGGAAUGCCGGGUCAAGGCCGACGCGCAGAAGUUGCCUUACAUUGCCGUCCUCAAGCUCGACGAGAUGCACGGGGCUUAUGAGAAGUUGCUGAAGGAGGCUGAGGAGAGGCUUGAGAAAAUAUACGUUUCGUCUUCUGACAGUAGUGUUCCGAUGAGGCAGGAGGAUGAGGAAGAGGGCGAGCAAUUGAACGAGAAUGUUGUUGCGAUCUUGCAAGAAGCGUCGGUUAAGUGCAUGGAUAGGGUGGAGCUCUCCGGGCAACGGCUUAGGUUUCUUCCUGAGGCCUUUGGAAGGUUGCAUGGAUUGGUUUUUCUCGACGUCUCCAACAACCAGUUAGAGGCCAUACCAGAUGCAAUAGCAGGGCUGGAACAAUUACAGGGGCUUCAUCUUUCCUCCAAUCUUUUGGUGUCAUUGCCUGAUUCCAUUGGGCUGCUGCUUAAUCUGAAGAUUCUCGAUGUGUCCAAUAAUAAGUUGAAGGCUUUUCCUGAUAGCAUCUCACAUUGCAGAUCUCUUGUUGAGCUGAAUGCAAGCUACAACGAGCUUGCCUAUUUGCCAACAAACAUUGGCUAUGAACUAGUAAAUCUGCAGAAGCUAUGGAUUUCUCUUAAUAAGCUCCGUUCUCUCCCUACAUCUAUUUGUGAGAUGAGGUCUUUGCGCCUUCUGGACGCACACUUCAAUGAGCUCCAUGGACUGCCCUACGCUAUAGGAAAGUUGAUAAAUCUCGAAAUUCUUGACUUGAGCAGCAACUUCAGUGACCUGAAGGAACUCCCACCCACAUUUGGUGAUCUUAUUAAUCUCAUGGAACUUGAUAUCAGCAACAAUCAAAUUCAUGCUCUGCCCGAUUCAUUUGGCCGCCUCGAUAAGCUGUCCAAACUUAACUUGGACCAGAACCCAUUAGUCAUUCCACCAAUGGAGAUAGCGAACCAAGGAGUAGAAGCUGUCAAGCUCUACAUGUCUAAGAGAUGGCUCGAAAUACUAUUAGAGGAAGAGAGGAAGAGCCAGAUGAUAGAAAACCCCCAAGAACAGACUGGUUGGCUGAGUCGUAGCACCUCUUGGCUAAGCAAUUUUGUUACUGGAGUUUCUGGGACUGUUGCAGAAUAUAUUGGAGCCGGAGAGAAGUCUUACAGGGAUCCAUGUCUUGAUCAACAGUUGUAAUCUAGUAACCUUCAAUACAUGGUUCAGUAUUCAGUCUGCUGCCUAGCAUGUACAGUUUAUCUCCUCGUGUUUGCUUUCAUUUCAGGGUUGUGAUCUUUCAUAUUUGUUUGGAGGAACUGAAAUUUGGUUAAGAUUUGUCCUUUACUAGUCCUUGUUUGUUGUCCAUGUAGAAAUUAAUUAGUUUGAUAUGAUUUGCCAUCUCAAUUUUGGUUCUCAAUUGUGUUCUGUAUGAAUUCAACGGUUAUGAGAUAAUUGUUGCCAUUUCAGCUGUCAAAUAUAUGGUAUAAUUGAUACAAA